CUGCUACAGGGCUCAGUGUGUGUGGCGGCAGUGGCUGGAUUUGUCACGUCACCGGCUACGAUGAGCGAAGGUGUGGAGACGGGCGAGCCACAUUGAUUGGGGGCCGUGUUGUGGUUACCGCUAUGGCCCAGGACUUCCUCACUUCGUCUCAGAGUCGUCCCGCCACUAUCAGGACCAUGGUAACCCCAACUGAAGUUGCAUCACACACUGCUGAUGUUCAGCAAGUCAAGGUGAAAAACAUCUCCAAGCAGCGGUCUGGUGCAGGGGAUACAACACAGAUGCAGGUCCUCAACUUUCAUCCAGUUCUGGGACAAGUCAAGUCCUAUAGCAGAGCAGAGGCCACCCCCUCCCUUGCACCCCAGAGCUUUGAGGAACAGUACUGGAUGCUGCCUGGGGCAAUCUUCACUGAUCUCUAAAUCUAGCAAUGUU